GAGAUAAAUAUUUAUUUUUAGGUUUUUGUUUAUCCUCCAUUCAAUCUACCUUUUAUUCCAUGGCCACCAAGAUGAAAAUGAGAGCAGUAUUUAACUGUUCUGCUGAUGAGCCCGGAGAGAUUUCUUUUAAAGAGGGUGACAUAUUAAUCGAUGUUGAGGAAUCGGGCGAAGAUGGUUGGUACAUUGGAACAAUAGAAAAUAGUUCUGAACGAGGUCUAUUUCCCUAUAAUUACGUCGAACGUAUAUCCAAUGCGAGCAGCCCCAAGACUGCCAACAUUACAAUACCAGCAAACAAAUCAAGUCCAACGACAACAGAAAAGACCAGCCUGCCUGGAUUCCCCGCUCUCGAUGCCUUUGAGCUCGCCAUGUCUAGCAAAAGCUUCAAAUCAGCCUCUUCCGCACCCAGCAUAAGCAACCAUCCUCCCAUCGUCAAACCCAAAUUAAAUACGAGUAUCAAGAGAAUAGCAACACCGCCCACAAUUUCAGAAAAGCCCAUGCUUUCACCCACUCGUUCUCGUUCUUAUUCAGCUUCCACUGCUCUUAGCAACAAAACCGUAUUAAAACCUUCUCAAUUAGUAGGUAACACAAAAGGUGCGCUUGAACUCGCUCUCAGUAAAGGCCCUCCACCACCACCUUCCAGUCUACGCUCUAGCUCCUUUUCUUCCUCUUCCUCCUCUAAAACCAGUGCGGUACCACUGGUUGGAUUAUUCAAGUCACCCGACAUCGGUCAGAAUGAUGUGGAAGAUGAAGAUGGUUACCAAAUGGUAAAACCAUCGCAACUUCGUCAAAGACAGCAGCAACAGGUGUUACCUCAACAGAUGGCGUCUACAUCAUCUAAACCUGUCGCGUGGAAAAAACCCGCUUUGGUGACACCCAAGCUCUCUUUAUCCACAAAGGCGUCGGAUCCACCUGGAUCUUCUAAGCUUGAUCUGCCGUCCAGUAAUCCCAUGCCUCGGUUACCAUCAAGACCUGUAUCCACAGCCAGUCGAAGAUCCCGUCAAAACCAUCGAUCCAGCUCUACAAAGACGACGACGACUACGACAACAAAAUCGAUACAUACGCCACCAGUGGCAGUGGUAGUAAAGGAAAUUGAAAAGACAGGCGUGCCUCCACCCAUUUUGAAACCAAAACCCGUUUUGAAUGCCCAACCUUCACUCCCACCCAGACCGGUUUCCACGAAAUCUCGUAGUACAUCUAAUCCGCCACCGAUUCAACCCAAACCCACCAUGUCAUCUAUUGAAAUCUUACUGUCUAAAAAUGCCGAAAAAAGGGACGCGGAACCCGCGCGUACGGGACCUAAGCCUCUGGCGAUGUCUCAACAGGCCAAGCCAGCAGCAGUAACGAACAAGGCCGCUGCAGCGUUACCUGGGGUGGUGGCGAGCUAUGGUAGUCGACCUAGUUUGGAUAGCUGGCGAUCGGAGGAUGCGAACGCCGAUGUGAAUUUGAAGCCUUCGUCGUUGUUAAACCGAGCACGAUCCGCCACGAAUCCUAGCAGCAAUACCAGCGUGGAUUGGUCUACAGUAUUGACGAAACCCAAAUCCAGCAGUGUUUUAAAGCCACAUACGAUGGUCGAUAGCAAACCCAUCAAGAAGGCAGCGCCUCCACCUCCGCCUUCCAGAAGUCGCAACAAGUCCAAUGUGAUCGAGGAUGGCAGUCGACAUCGGUAUGAGAUUCUGUUUGAUUCGAUUCAGGAUGAUGGGUAUGUGGAUGGUGAGACGGCGCGAUUUAUCUGGCUCAAGAGUAAAUUGUCCAAUGAAGAGUUGGGUCGUGUAUGGAAGGAAUGUGAUCCAGAUCACAAGGGUUUAUUAGAUAAGCAUGCUUUUAUAGAUGGUAUGGGAAGAAUUGAUGCAAUAUUAUUGAAUAAACAAACAGUAUAACAAAAAAGUCGGUUAAAGGCUUUACUGAUUUGAUCUCUGGCUUCCUCCACCACACUGUUGAUGAUUCGACCAUUGGUGCCGACCACGAUCUUUUGUUGACUAUCACGUUCUACAUAAACGUUUUGAUCGAUACGGAGUGUACCGUCUUUUAAUACGGUCCAUCCAGCAUUUUCUUGUUUCAACAUGUACGGUAUAUAUUGAUGGAGACGUUUAAAGAAUUGUAUACGAAUCAUUUCUUCCACUCGUUUUAAAUCCGCCAUCUCGGUCUUUUGUUCAACGGGGUAGAUCCAUGGUUUAGCAGUCGAAUGCUCAAAAAGAAUAUUCU